GCUGUGAACGAUGAGCACAACAGGCUCGGCGCCUCCUACACACGCCGAGACAACACACUCGAAGUCAGUCAGCUGUAAACCCGGACUGAUAGGCUACUCUAGCCGGUUGACGGUUUCCCCUCAGCGGUAUGACAGCGGCUAUUACCUAAAUGUAUUGUUAUGUUCCGUGACUUUUGAAUAACCGAAGCACCACCAAACACUGGACGUAACAUGUCAGAGAAGUCAGAAGAGACGAACUCCCUGGCACCUGAGCGAGAUCAAGCCCCGGACGGCGACGAGAGGCGACUGAAUGGAUGCGUUCCACUGUCACAUCAGGUGGCCGGACACAAAUAUGGCAUCAACAAAGUGGGUAUCUUGCAGCAUCCUGAUGGCACAGUGCUUAAACAGCUUCAGCCACCCCCCAGAGGCACUCGAGAGAUGCACUUCUACACACAGGUGUUUGCUCGGGACUGUUCCGACCCUCAGGUGUUAUCCCUGCGGCCGCACCUUCCCGUAUUCUACGGCACCUGGGCAUCAUCAGACUCACCCAAUGAGCUGUACCUGAAGCUGGAGGACGUGACGCGGCGGUUCUCCAGGCCGUGCAUUAUGGACCUGAAGGUGGGCCGUCGCAGCUACGACCCCCUGGCCUCGCCCGAGAAGCGCCAGCAGCAGAUCAGGAAGUACCCGCUGAUGGAGGAGAUCGGCUUCCUGCUCCUGGGCAUGAGGGUAUAUCAGCCAAGUCGUGACUGCUACGUCUGCCAUGAUCAGUUCUUCGGACGCAGCCUGGGAAAGGACACUCUGGCCGGAGGUCUGGCUGAGUUCUUCCAUGAUGGCGUAAAGCUCCAUAAGCAGACCAUCCGUCUCUGCAUCCGCAAAGUCCAGAACAUUCUGCGAUGGUUCGAGAGCCAAAAGCAGCUUCACUUCUACGCCAGCUCCCUGCUGUUUGUGUACGAGGGCGCGUCGGGUGCACACACAGAAGCAGAACAAAACAACAACCACCACCACCACCUACCGCCUCAGGAGUCUUCCCACGAGGGAUCCCCAGCCAAGAGCUCCUGCAGACGGGGAGGCUGCGGCGGAGACCUCCCGGACAGUUUGCAGAACGGAGGUCAGACACAUGGCUCAGCCCCUUGUCUGAGACAGAGUAACGGGAAUGUGGAGUGUGAGGAAGAGGAGGAGGAGGAGGAGGAGGGAGAGGAGGAGGAGGGUGGAUGGCUUGAGGAAGAGGGAAGUGAAGGCCACGUAGAGGUGAGGAUGAUCGACUUUGCCCACGUCUUUCCCAGCGAAAGCCCUGACGAGGGUUACAUGCACGGCCUGAAGAACCUGCUGUCCACUCUGAGAAAGAUCAUCCAGGACUGACCAAUGAUCAAGCUCUCCUCUUUCUCUAUUGCUUCCUCUUUUCCCCUCUCUCCCAUGUUAUCUCAUUCUCUCUCUCUCUCUCUCUCUCCAUCUGUUCUUGCAUCCUGAGUGGGCUCAUCUCAUAAUCACUGGUUGUGUCUGUGUCUGAUGGAAACAUAUGGGUUUCACCCUCUAUCUCAGGUAGAUUUUUUUCUAAUCAGAUCUCUAAUCUGGAUUGUGCAAUUUUAUAUAUUGACUUUAUGCAACUGUGACUAAUUUAAUUAAUUUAUAAACGUAACCUUUUCUGAAGAUCUAUAUCAUAUUCUAGAUGCACACAUAAUUGUAGCUGUAUAGUUUUACGUUUCUUGACUCCUGGACAACUGGACAAGAACUGUGAUUUUGUAAGUGUGAGGAGGAUUGUAUUGGAUAUUAACUGUUUGGAGGUGUAGGUAACGUUAUUGCCAUAACUGACAUUGGAUCUUAACUGAUUGGAGGUGUAGGUAACAUUACUGCCAUAACUUACAUAGAUCAUGGAGUCAGAUAAAAGUAGACAGGCUUACUGGAAGAGAGCAAUUGCUCCAGAUUUUAUGGAACAUGGAUUUUAUGGAAUCUCUUUUUUUUUACAUUUGGGGCUGAAUAUAUGAGGAGCUCCUUCCAAAACGCUAUAAUCAGUAGUUAUAAGAAUAGGAAUGUGUAAUAUUUAUUUUAAUUUAUUUAAGUUUUUCAGCCACUGAGCUGAUUUGAAUUAACAUUUGUAUGAUGUUUUAAAAUAGUAUUCUGAACAGAUAAGAAGUACAGUUCAAUUAUUUUUAAAUUUUUAAUUGUUUUACAACUUUUGCAAUAUUGAACAUCCACAGCACGUGUCCAAUAGUAAUUCUAUUUUUCAAAGAGCUGUAAAGAUAUUAAUUCCUUUCUCACAAGACAGGGACUCUCUACUUGAAGGCAAAGUAAUUCAUGAAAGAACCAUUCUGACUUCUUCAAUGUGAAACCCAUCAUCACAUUGUCGCUGUCCUCAACGCUGUGAAGUAAAAGCAUUUUAAUGAGUCUUGUAUCAUUGCCAAGCUUGUAGAGUUUCAGCUAAUGCCAAAGCCCAGUAGAACCAGACUGCAGGAGACUCUGUUUAUGUUAAUGAUGAACCGUGUGACAGUAAGGCUCAUCAUGUUGAAUCUAGUCCUGAUAAUUGCUUUAUAAAAUCUUUAUCUGAUUACUAUAUUUAUAUUUACUUGACCCCAUUUGAAACAUAUUUAAAAUCUAAAUACAGUAUAAAAGUAAAUGAGAUGUAGAGUGUGAUUGGCUGAUUCCUUGGCAUUCUCUGUUAAUUAAGGCCCUUUCCUGAAUGUGAUGUCCCUGUACUGAGUUUCACACACACCACACACACACACACACACGCGCGCGCGCGCAGUACACACACGCACACACAGACACUUCAUAUUUAUUACAUUACUUGAAGGCUGGACAUAUCCUGGAAUGACACAUGUUAACUGUAAUAUUUCAACAUUUAUGUUUUAUUUGUAUGUUUUAUUUUAUUAAUUUCUAUGCACAUAAGAUGUAUCUUACAGGUGGAUAUUUCAUUGCCUUUUCUGACAUUGAGUAUAUGUCUCAGUGAUGGCAGCACAUUUUUUUUUUUUUUUUUACAUUGUACGGUUAUUAUGAAUGUUCUAAUAAUUUAAGGUUGUCUAAUGAAUAAUGUCUAAUGAAUGAAUAAAACUUUAUUUACCAGA